AUGGUUUCUUUAUCAAAUAUUUUAAAUCAUGGUCUUUUAUUAAUCAGUCCAUCUAUAUUUGUAGAUGUUGCGACUCCCCAGCAAGCUUCAAUUGAACAAUAUAACAUUAUAAAUUUUUUAGGUGGAAGUGCCCCUUAUAAACAAAGACUGGGAUAUGGAAUUUCAACAGAUUUACCAGCAAAUUGCUCCUAUGAACAGAUUCAAAUGAUCUCAAGGCAUUCCGAGCGGAUGCCGAGUACUGGAGAUGGUCAAUUCUUCAAUCAAGUACUUUCUAAUUUUAAUUCUUACAAAGAAAGUCAUGUAUUCAAAGGAGAUCUUUCAUUUUUGAACAAUUAUGAAUAUUUCGUCACGAAUCCAGAAUAUUAUGAGAAAGAAACAAAUUUGAGCAAUUCAGACUCACCAUAUACUGGAACUACAAACUCACAAAGACAUGGAUCAUUCUUCAGACAAAAAUAUGGAUCAUUAUACAAUCCAAAUGAAAAACUUCCAGUAUUUACAUCUAAUUCAGGUCGUUGUUAUCAAAGCUCAAACUAUUUUGCAAGAGGUUUUCUUGGAGAUUUAUAUUCAGAUGAUACUGUUGAGUAUGUUAUCAUAGAUGAAGAUUCAAAAAUGGGUGCAAAUUCAUUAACUCCACGAUAUGCAUGUAAAAAUAUAAACCUGGGUGCUCAAUCUAACAAAUCUGAUCAAUUUGAUAAGAGUUAUUUAGAUGAUAUUUUAAAUAGAUGGUUAGUAGAUAAUCCAGGAUUGAAUAUCACUACUAGUCAAAUCUCAGGUUUAUUCUUAUGGUGUGCUUUUGAAAUUAACGUACGUGGAUACUCACCAUUCUGUAAUUUAUUCACAUUAGAUGAGUUUAUUAGAAGUGGGUAUCAAAAUGAUGUUGGAAAUUAUUAUAGUAUUGGAGAAGGAAACAAUAUGUCGAAAGUAGUAGGUAGUCCAAUGGUGGAAGCUUCUUUAAAGUUACUCCAAGAAGACAAUGAUAACAAGAUAUGGCUUAUGUUCACCCACGAUACAGACAUGGAGUUAUAUCUUACGUCUUACAAAUUAAUUGUCCCAGAAAAUGAUUUAAGUGUUGAUCAAAUCUCGUUCCCAAACCCUUACAAUGGCGCCGAAAUGUUUCCUCAAAGUGGUAGAACAUAUUUAGAAAAAUUUAAGAACGAUAACAAUGAAAGUUUUGUCAGAUUUAUUAUGAAUGAUUCUGUUUUUCCUUAUCCUAAUUGUCAAAAUGGACCUGGUUUCUCAUGUCCAUUAGAUAAGUUUAUUGAAAUAGUUAAUCAAAGAUUAGAAGGUGUUGAUUAUUCAAGUCAAUGUGAUGCUUCUGGUCCUCCUGAAUUGACUUUCUUUUGGGAUUAUAAUACUACUAGUUAUGAUGCACCUUUGAUAAACCAAUAG